AUCCGCCAAUAAGAAGAGAAUAAUUCUUGUCUCCUGGCAACCGGAACAUAACGCAUGCGCACUACGCAGUAUUGUGUUCUAGCACAUCCAGUGCUGUCUGCCGAGUAUCCUUUAUAAACACACAUCCUUUAUAAAGUUCUUUGAAGCUAUGGCUGCAAGUACUGUCCUAAAUCAGCGUCAACAUGUAGGCUUGCAGACACUGUCAGCACUGUCUGACAUUACUACACAAUUUUUGGGUCCUACCAAAACCUUUAAGAUCAUUCAAGAUGACGCGACCAGUGAAUCUGCUCUAGUAUCCUCAUGUUAUCGGGUUCUAGAAAAUCUAGAACUGACCGGCGCUGUCAGUCAGCUGGUUUACGAGACUGUAGAAGCCCAUCACAAAAUUUAUAAAACUGGUUCUGGAUGCUUGCUAUUCAUGGCUGGGGCAUGGAGUCGUGCCGCUUUGGAGUGCCUACACAGAGAAAUUCCAAUUGCACAUAUAAUAUCAGCCAUGUCAGAAGGAAUGACCCUGUGCCUAAGUACUUUCAUGCAGUGUGUCAUCCCAAAUAAAGAACUUUACACAAAACUAAAAUCUCAGCCUAAUAAAUCUACUGUGAAGGAUUCUGCAAACCAACAACUGUCAUCUAACAAGACGCAAAGGAAACUAAAGCUAAGUCGGCAUUUUCAGGAACCAGAAUUUGAAAAUAUUUCCAUAACUCCCAAACCUAAAAUAGAAAAGACAAAAAUAUCUGACAUUGGAAGGACGUUAAGUCAUGGCUACUCCGAGGCAAUGGAUUUAGUAGUGAAAGCUAGCCAAAUUCAAUACAAAGAAGAUCUAACAUUUGAUGUGGACAAAAUUUCAAUUUGCUUACUGCCUUGCUUUGCUGAGACUCACAACUGUGUUUUGCCAGGUUGCAUUGUACCUGUAUGUCCAGAACAAGCUAUUAUUGCACGCAACUUUAAAAAACAAGAUUUAAAAGUUGCACUUAUAGACGGUCAUUUGACAUCCACUUUCCGCCAUCUUGGUUACAACAAGGCAAAGAGACUACAACGUGUCUCUGAGUAUUCAAGUUCAGACGGUCAUCAGGAAGAAUGGUUGGAAUGCAUUGUAAGACUUCUGCUAAACUUGGAAGUGAAUGUUCUUCUUAUUAGCGGAGUUGCUGAUGAAAAACUAAAAGACCACUUUUGGAAGCAUAACAUUCUUGUUGUAGAAAAGAUGAGACUUUCUGUUUUGAAAACAUUUGCUUUGUCAACAGGUGCCAUAUUGGUGUCUUAUGCCACACAGUUGAAUUCAAGAUGUAUUGGAACUGGAAUCACUGUCAAUUUAUGGAAAGAUUUAAGCAAUUUUGCCAACAAAUCAAAUUAUGGAACAUAUCUGAACAUUUCUACCAUUGAGAAAAGCGGCUUGGUAACUGUUGUGCUUUCAAGUUGGGUACAGGGGAAGUUGCAAUCUGAGGAGGACGCGUUCUUGGCAUGUGCUUACCGUUUACACUGGGCAUUAAAAGACAAAUCUCUUCUUCCAGGCGCUGGGGUGACUGAAAUGUAUUGCAUCUCUGAACUGCAAAAGCAAGCACAACUCUAUGCCAGCAGUCACAAAACUGUCCCACCAAGGACAGCUGCUGGCCCUUAUACUGGUGUAGUGUUGCAGCUCAUGGCAGAUGGUUUCAUUGACUUUGUAACCACUGUGAUGGUCAACACUGGGAAGUAUUCAAAAGUGGAAGCCAGGACUGUUGUGGUGGAGCAGUUACAUGGCUUGGAUGGAAGUGUUAACAGUGCAAAGAUGGCCCAAAUGUGCUUAAAAGAUGAUGAGGUGGACAGUGAUUGCAACAAGAGCGCUAUCUGUGAUAAUCUAACAGUGAAGCAGGAAGUGUGGAGGAAAGCACUGGAUUUGGUUUUCUUGGUUUUACAAACUGAUGCAGAGGUUAUAACAGGCUUGGACCAAAAACAAUUGGAACAAAGGGAUCUUAUGAUUUUGUAA